AUCAUGGCGUCUCUCUUCCAAAAGUCUUUUCUAUAUUGGGUCUCCGCCUCUCCUCCGGAGACUAAAUAAUUAAACAAAGACUUGAGAGAUAAAGGUGAACUGCGACGAAGCUUCAUGAGUGGGUCCCACGUCUCCCGUCUACUUCUUUACUUCACUCCGCCGUGGGGAACUUUUCUUCUUCAGUUCUUCUUUCACCACACACCAACUAUCCCCUCUCUCUCUCUUUCUCUCAUCAUGGCCGAACUUAUCGGUGGAGAAGUUGUGACGGAGCUCGUAAAACAGCUCUUCGCCGUAUCCAAAAAAGCCUUGAGAUGCAGAGGCGUCGCGGAGAAUCUCGCCACCAUGAUCGCAGGCGUUCAACCGACCAUCAAGGAGAUCGUCUACAGCGGAGUAGAAGUGAGCGCCCAUCGCCAGGUUCAGCUCCGCAUGUUCUCUGAAACCUUAGACAAGUGCAAGAAGCUCACCGACAAGGUUCUCAAAUGCAACCGCUGGAACAUGGUUCGUCAGCUUUACCACGCCAAGAAAAUGGAAGACUUGGAGAAGAAGAUCUCGCGGUUUAUCCAGGGCUUGCCUCUCCAUGUUCUCUGUGACGUUCAUCACCUUCGCGCUGAUUCUGAGGUUCGCUUCGACCGGAUCGACAGGGGUUUCGAUAGCUUGAGUGAGAAGAUGGGGUCUAUGAAGAUCAGGGGAGGUGGUUUGGUGCAGGAGGAGAUGAAGGCUGGUGAAGCUGCGAUGGAGAUGUUGACAGAAGGUGAUUUGGGGAACUUGGGGGUGGGGUUGGAGUUGGGAAAGAGGAAGGUGAAGGAGAUGAUGUUUGGUUUGAAAGAUGAAGGAGGACUUGUCGGGAUCUCGGGGAUGAGCGGUUCAGGGAAGACCACUCUUGCUAAAGAGCUUGCAAGGGACGAAGAGGUCCUAGGCCACUUCGGGAGACGAGUUUUGUUUCUGACUGUCUCACAGUCCCCCAAUAUUGAGGAACUGAAAGCCAUUAUAUGGGGAUUUCUUACUGGUAAUGAAGAUGGCUUUGGUGCCACUCUUCCUGAACCAGUCGGUCAGACACAGAGGCUGGUGAUCCUUGAUGAUGUUUGGACAAGGGAAGCACUGGACAAGCUGAUGUUUAAGAUUCCUGGAACCACAACUCUUGUGGUCUCACGGUCUAAGCUAGCAGAUCCUAGAACAACCUAUGAAGUAGAGUUACUAAAUGAAAAUGAAGCAACGUCUCUGUUCUGUCUCUCUGCGUUCAACGAGAAAUCAGUACCUUUUGGAUACAGCAAAGAGCUGGUCAAGCAGGUUGUUGCGGAGUGUAAAGGUCUACCUUUGUCUCUGAAAGUCGUUGGUGCUUCUUUAAAAGGCCGACCUGAAAAAUAUUGGGAAGGUGUAGUGAAAAGGCUAUCAAAAGGUGAACCCGCUGAUGAAACUCAUGAGAGUAGAGUGUUUGCUCAAAUAGAAGCAACUCUAGAGACUCUAGACCCAAAAACCAGAGAGUGUUUCAUGGAUAUGGGUGCUUUCCCUGAAGACAAGAAGAUCCCUCUUGAUGUUAUCAUCAACAUGUGGGUUGAGAUGUAUGAUCUUGAGGAUGCAACUGCCUUUGCUGUUCUUGUUGAUCUAUCAAACAGGAAUCUCCUUACUCUUGUCAAAGAUCCAAGGUUUGGCGCUAUGUACACUAGCUACUAUGAUAUUUUUGUGACGCAACACGAUGUUCUAAGGGACCUGGCACUUCAUCUUAGCAACCGUGGGAGAGUUAACAAAAGAGAGAGGCUAUUGAUGCCAAGGAGAGAGUCAGUGCUUCCAAAAGAAUGGGAGAGGAGAAAUGAUGAGGCAUACAAUGCACGUAUAGUUUCCAUCCACACAGAGGAGAUGACUGAGAUGGAGUGGUUUGACAUGGAACUCCCUAAGGCAGAAGUUCUGAUACUAAACUUCUCUGCAGAGAGCUAUGUACUGCCACCUUUCAUUGCUAAGAUGGGAAGGCUUAGAGCGCUGGUGAUUAUCAACAACGGUAUGUCUCCUGCGCAUCUUCAUGACUUCUCCACAUUUACCAAUCUGGCCAAACUCAAGAGUCUCUGGCUUGAGAGGGUUCAUGUCCCUGAACUCUCUACAAGUACCGUUCCUUUAAAAAGCCUCCGCAAGAUGUCUCUGAUCCUUUGCAAGAUCAAUAACAGUUUUGAUCAAACAUCAGUAGACAUGUCCCAGAUCUUCCCAAACUUGUCUGAUCUCACAAUAGAUCACUGUGAUGAUCUCGUGGAACUACCAACGACCGUCUGUGGAAUCACCUCUCUCAACUCCAUCAGCAUAACAAACUGUCCCCGCAUCAGCGAGUUACCUAAGAAUCUGAGCAAGCUAAAGGCACUUCAGCUUCUGAGGCUAUACGCUUGUCUGGAGCUGAAAGCUCUCCCUGUGGAGAUCUGUGAGCUGCCGAGACUAAAGUACCUAGACAUCUCUCAGUGUGUCAACCUGAGUUUUCUUCCGGAAGAGAUAGGAAAGGUGAGGACGCUUGAGAAAAUCGACAUGAGAGAAUGCAGCUUAACGAGCAUACCUAGCUCUGCGGCUUCAUUGACUUCUCUACGCCAUGUGAUAUGCGAUGUAGAGACUUUGUGGAUGUGGGAACAUGUCGAGAAGGUGGUUCCGGGACUUCGUGUUGAAGGCGCUGAAAAAUGCUUCAGCCUUGAUUGGCUCAACGAGUAGGAUCAAGUUGUGUGUAUGUUCCAUUAACGCAGGCUCAACGAGUAGGUUCGUAAUCUCCCCCUCAUUGGCUUUAGGAGCAUGUUACGUAAGCAACUUAUUGCUAAUCUGUAGCAAACUAGCUAUAGCUUUUCUGUAUUUUCAUUUAAAGCACUCAAGACUCGAGAGUCGGCAAGUGUUUCCUUGCAACUUCUUACUCAAUAAUCUUCACUAUUAAUCAUCCACUUAUAAAUUUAGCUGGCUUA